GUGUGUGUGUGUGUGUGUGCAUUGAAACGCCCCGCAGGAUCACGCAGAGCCACGCAGGAGGAGGGAGAUCCGCAGAAGAACCUCCAUGACUCAGACUCAUGGGCCUGACUCCGCUCCACCAACCAACUGCACAGGGAACCAUGAGCUCUGCGUCCGAGUGAAGAACAAGAACAAGAAGAAGAAGAAGAAGAAGAGUGUUGAGAUUCAUUUACCAAGAGGAGACUUGUAGAAAAGCUGCAGACAUGUUUCAUCUCGGAUGUUUCCUGACCCUCGCCUUCCUCAGCUCGUCCCAGAGUUGGCGCCUGACCGCCGGGGAAGGACGCAACUUUCUGGAGAACAUUUUACACUUUUAUGGAGAAAACUCGUCUAUUUCCACUCAGGACCUGGAGGAUCUGCUGCUGCUGGUCUCAGCCAGGAGGUCCGAGUCGGUGUUCGUGGACAAUCCUCUGGCCAACCAAGCUUGUCUCUCAGCCGAGCAGAUCCUGUCCCACUUUGGUUUCAGUAAUGUCAGUCAGCUGACUGUGGGACAUCUGGGGAUGAUCUGUCCGGCCGUGUUGACCCAGGUGCUGCUGCCCUCCUGCCCCUACACUGGGUCCGAGACCCUGGUGUCUGCUGACUACUCUGUGUGGGGUUACGGGUUCCUGGCCGUCACCGUCAUCAACCUUGCGUCUCUGCUCGGCCUCCUGCUGAUACCAUUCACCAAAAAAUCCUACUUCCCCAAAGUGCUGACCUACUUCAUCGGCCUGGCCAUCGGGACGCUCUUCUCCAACGCUGUUCUUCAGCUCAUCCCAGAGGCCCUGGGGUUUGAUCCCAAAGCAGAUAACUAUGUGGGGAAUGCAGUUGGAAUAUUCGGGGGGUUUUAUCUCCUGUUCUUUGUGGAGAAGAUUCUGAAGCUGGCUCUGCGGAUGGACCACGAGCACGGCCACAGCCACUUCACUCCCGCAGAGAUGCCUGCAGACAACUCCCUUCACAACGGAGACAUCUCAGAAAAGAAUGACUCCGUCAUUAUGACUGGAAUCAGCACCAUUGCCUUAGACAAGAUCAGCCUGAACCCAGAUCAGGAUGUCCAGGGGUCUGGUGUGAUGUGCCACUGGCUGCGUGGGAAACAAGUCUCCAGCAUCAAGACGGUGGCGUGGAUGAUAACCCUGAGCGACGCGCUGCACAACUUCAUCGACGGCCUGGCUAUCGGUGCUUCGUUCACCGUGUCCAUACUGACGGGAUUCAGCACGUCCACUGCGAUUGUGUGUGAGGAGUUUCCUCAUGAGCUGGGAGACUUCGUGAUCCUGCUGAACUCUGGCAUGAGCAUCCCACAAGCCAUUUUCUUCAAUCUGCUGUCAGCGGUUUCGUGUUACGUCGGCCUCGUGUUUGGAAUUCUGCUGGGGAGCAACUUUGCCCCCAACGCAAUCUUUGCCAUCGCAGGAGGAAUGUUCCUGUAUAUUGCACUGGCGGAUAUGGUGAGUUAGAUUACAUUAUCUGAGGAUAAUAGCAUAAGUUGA